CGGGUGCCAAUGGAGUGACGUCGACGCUGGCGAGAAAGCCGGGGGAGGCGGGCGGGCGAGAUCGAGGCUGCUGGAGGGCGGCGGGGAGAGAGGAGGAAGGAGUUCUACCGACGUGCGGCGAGCUGCUGAGGUGACGCCGCUCGACUCAGCCGUGCCGAAUAAAGUGAUAUAAUUGCUACUGAAAAGAUGGCUGUGCCAUUCAAAAAGGAUCUGGAGAAGUAUAAGGAUAUUGAUGAGGAUGAACUUCUUGGCAAACUGAGUGAAGAGGAAUUGAAACAGUUGGAAAAUACCCUUGAGGAACUGGAUCCAGAGCAUGCACUCCUGCCAGCAGGCUAUCGUCAGAAGGACCAGACUGUUAAAUCCCCAACAGGCCCCUUUAAUAGAGAACAGCUUCUCUUAUUCUUGGAGAAAGAGGCCUUGGAAUACAAAGAUAGAGAAGAUUUUGUGCCUUUUACUGGAGAGAAAAAAGGGAAAUUAUGGAAGCCCAAGCAGAAACCUGUGGAGCAGCAUGUAGAAGAGAAAGUAAUUUUGGAUCCAGAACUGGAAGAAGCUUUGACCAGUGCAUCAGAUACUGAACUCUGUGACCUUGCAGCUAUUCUAGGAAUGCACAAUUUGAGCAACACACAUUACUGUGAUUCAGUUGGUGGAAACAAGGGUUUGAACAAUGUUGUCAAAGGUGAGAAGGUCAAACCUGUUAUGGACGAACCUCCCAACCCAACAAAUGUAGAAGAAAGUUUACAGCGAAUAAGAGCAAAUGAUCCUGGACUUGUGGAGGUUAAUCUGAAUAAUAUUAAGAAUAUUCCAAUUCCAACAUUAAAGGAUUUUGCGGAAGCUUUGAAAAAAAAUUCUCAUCUGAAGAAGUUUAGCUUGGCAGCUACUCGGAGUAAUGAUCCCAUUGCUUUUGCCUUAACAGAUAUGCUCCGAGUAAAUACAACACUACAAAGUUUAAAUAUUGAGUCAAACUUCAUCACUGGUGCUGGUAUACAGGCAAUCAUAGAUGCACUGAAAGAAAAUGAAACCUUAGUGGAGAUCAAGAUUGAUAAUCAGCGCCAGCAACUAGGUGCAACGGUUGAAAUGGAAAUAGCAGAAAUGUUGGAAACAAACACCUCAAUCUUGAAAUUUGGGUAUCAGUUUAUGCAACAAGGACCACGGUCAAGAGCAGCGGCAGCCAUAACUAAAAACAAUGAUUUCGUUCGCAAGAAGCGAGUUGAAAGAGAUGCAUAUUAACAGUAAUCUGGAGCCUGUCUGCCUGGUGCUGUAUUUCAUCCUAUGGAAGAUCCACUACAGUGUAUUGGGCAAGUUGCCAAGCCGAGGUCAAGGCAUUCAUACAUUUACUGUCUGGGUAGAAGGGAAAAGACUGGAAUUUAACUCCUAAACUGUUAGUAAUAAAUGUAGUUUGACAUAACUUUUACCCACAAACAUCAUUUUAACAUUUUUUCCCCUGAGGUCUUGUGAAUUGCACCAAACUAUCUUGUUAUGCAAAAACGUUAAACUGAAAUCUCCAGGACAGGAAAUACGUUUAACUUGAAGUUUGCACUGUGCCCAACAUCAAGUAUUUUUAAUCUUUUUUUAAACAAAUUAAAGUUGUGCUCAAUUUGUAGUUUCUUGUGCAGUUAAAUGUAAUUUUUGUACUGCACUUGUUUCCAAUGUAACUUAGACAAAAUACUUUUUUUUAAUUUUGUAUUAAUUAAAAGCUAUAAUGAAUUAUGUCUUGGGACUUUGAUUUGGCCAUACUGUGCACAGUUAAACCAUGACCACUAAAGGUAUCUGAAUUUUCACAUUAAUGUGGGAAGAACAGUUCAAAUCAAGUCUUAACAUACAGUUCUUCGGACUUCUGCCAAAAAUGCUGCUUGCAAAUCUUAAGAUCAUUGAUAUUCCUCUGCUGCAAAUUAAUUUUAUUACCAAUAUGAUUUGCUUUGGAAAAUGUUAGAAGAAAGUAAUGAAAUGUUUGUUGAUAAUCUGAACGGACUAAAUUAGUUGGCAUUAGUCAUAAUUUUAACCAAAGAACUAAAUCUGACUGACAGUUUUAUUCAACCAAUGUAUUAAGUAUUGAAGCCUGCAUACAGUUUCAGUGGACAAGUGAGAUUCUAUGGAGUACAAAAGCUAAUAGUAUUGGGAAAACAUCUGCAAAAUGCCCAUAUCAGGUGUUUGAUUUGUUUAAAGAAAACGCCAAGAUCCAUGCCAACCUGCACUGAAAGCUCUGUGCAGAAAAAAAUUACCUUAUACCCCCUUAAAUUUUUAUAUGCUGAUUAUUUUAAGGUUUGUCUAAUGUGUGUGUGUAUAUAUUUAAAAUAAAACCUGUGGCAGCAUGACUAAUAUUACAGGAAAUAUUUUGAAUGCUAGAAAAUCUAUGCACAUGACUGCAUUUUGUGGUAGGUUGCUUAAAGGACCAAGUUGUGAAUGCUGUCUGAUCGUCCUAGGCCUUAAGUGUUUGUGGUUAAGCUAUGUUAUGACAAUUAAAAAGCUAUGUCAUGUUUGUAAGUCUAUGCAUAAUGUUUUCUGUUAGCUGAUGCAUUGCAUUGACAUGGUGGUUCUUUCAAACAUUCAUUUAAUGGGACUUUAUAAAGAAAUUUGUUAACUGAACUGUUUGAAAUUUAAGCUUAAUCAUAUAAAACAGAUUGAUCAUGAUUGAGAAUCUGACUUGUAGUAAUUGUUCACAAACUAAAAAUGAACUAUUUGACGUAAUUUUAUCACAUGUCCUUAUUUCUGAACUGGCAAAAUGCCCUUGCAGAAGGUGUAGGUUUGUUCUGUUUUCUUGAAUAAUAAUUGGUUACAAUCUUAAGUAAAAUGCAUAUCAGAGCUAAUCUGUUAAAGGAGGGAAGCUUAUGUAAAAUACAGUGCUGUGUGUAUUUAAAAUGUACAGCAUUCUACAAUGAAACCUGAAUGGUAAUAAAGUUGAUACUUAAACUCUA